CAACCGCAAGAAACCUGCAUGACGAAAGAAGAAGCCCACAUCGCCGCCGACAUCUUCCGAAGAUUGAUCCAAGAAUACACCCACGACCUCGCCCUCGAGGCCCUGACGGAAGACUUUGUCGACUACGCAUCUUCAGUCAACAUCAUCAUCAACAAAGGCGCCGCCCACCCCAAGAGCAUGGACGCCCCAACUUUCGCCAGCAGAGCCGCCUUCAUCGACGGCCAGGGCAAACAGCCUCAAAUCCCUUUCGAAACCAUCAAAGUCUUCCCCGGCUGCCGCCACGUCUCCAUGCGCUGGAAAACCGACCGCAGCGCAAACGGUCACGCGAGUGAAGUCGACACAAUCGUAAGCAACACGUACAACUGGCGCGUGUCCCAUAUUUGGUCGGAAUUCAAUAGUGCGGCGUGGCUGGUGAAUUUGGGG